AUGGUCAACGCAAAAGCUCAAAAGGCUUGCCAAGAGUCCCUCGACAGUGUGACUGGCGACCCGUCUACUGGUAUCGCUGGUCUUGUCUUUGUGGCGAUCGACAAGAAUGGAGAACAGAUUGCGGCAUGCCCGUCCGGAAAGAAGGGGAUCGGAUCCGGUAGCAGCAAGCCGAUGGACAUGGAUACCGUCUUCUGGAUUGCGAGCUGUACCAAGCUGCUUGCGACGAUCUCGUGUAUGCAGGCUGUGGAGAGGGGCCAAUUGAGGGUGGAUGAUGCGAAGCAGGUGCAUCAGCUGUGUCCAGAGUUGAAUGAUAAGAAAGUGUUGCAGCCGGAUGGUACCCUUGUACCGCGCAAGAACGAUAUAACGUUGCGGAUGUUGCUUUCACAUACUGCUGGCUUUGCUUAUGAGUUCUUCCACCCAACACUGCGCGAGCACGGUCGUCCCAUAGGCUAUGAUUGCUUCAAAGCUGAUAUCCGAGAUAUCCUUCGCAUGCCACUUGUCCACCAGCCAGGUGAAAAGUGGGAGUACGGCACAAACAUCGACUGGGCCGGCAUUGUCCUCGAGCGUGCCACUGGUGUGCGUCUGAACGAUUGGAUCCAGAACAACAUCAUGCAGCCUCUUGGUCUCAAAGCUAUCAACAUGUUCCCGGCGGAAGACAUGAAGAAGAAUCUCGCAUAUAUGCACCAAAAGUGGCCAGGCGAUCCUUCGGGAAAGAGUGAAGAGCGCGACCACAUCCUCCGCGAACCACUCCUCGCCGACACCAAAGAGGAACAAGCACGUCUCUUCCACAGCGGUGGUGCCGGCUGUUUUGCCAAGCCAGCGGAAUACGUCCAAGUUCUUGCUGCGCUUCUCAAUGAUGGUAGAUCACCCAUCACAGGCAACCGCAUCCUGAAGGAAGAGACCGUCAAAGCAAUGUGGACGAACCAGGUCCCUGACAUGCCCAACUUCGCCCGUCAAGGCAUUCCAGAUGCGAAGCGAGACCAGACCAAUUCUACUCCCGAGCUGUACCCACAGGAAGGCAACCCGCCCCAGGGAUGGGGUCUCAGCUUCAUGUUAACGCAAGAGCCUGGAGCGACGGGAAGAGGCAGCAACACUGCUUGGUGGGCUGGGCUGGCGAAUUUGUAUUGGUGGUGUGAUAGGGAGAAGGGAGUCGCGGGCAUGAUUGCCAGUCAGCAGAUGCCGUUCUUGGAUCUGAAUGUGCUUGGGCAGUGGGCUGCUUGUGAGUCUGCUGUAUAUGCGUCGGUUUGA